AUCAAUAAACGACACAUACAAACUUCUAGAAUUUUGCAAGUGUAUGAAUCGUAUAAAUUGCUGUAAGCGUCCAAAGUUUACUAGUGUGACAAAUGAAGGAAAAUUAAAAUUUAAUUAUUUAAUCAUCGAGUGAAAAUUAUAUUUGAAAAAAAAUGACAGUUACUUGCAUAGUGUGUAAGGGAAAAGCAGAAGGAAGACCAGAACUCAUGUUUCACAAAUUUCCCAAGAAUGAAGAUUUACGAAAAAUUUGGAUGAGAAAUAUGAAUAUUGAAAGAGAAUUAUCGAAAAGUUCUCGCCUUUGCUCCAUUCAUUUUUCUCAAAAAUGCUUUAAACCAACUUUUUAUACCGGAAAUCCACGACUAAUUGAAGGUGCAAUUCCAACAAUUAAAACCUUGGAAGAAUUCAUAGAAUUGGAAACUGAAGACGAUAUUACAAAUAUGGAAUCAGACGAUAAUUUCGAAACAAUUGAAAACGAAAGUUUAGAAGUAAUUUCAAAUUUCGAAACAAUUGAAAACAAAAGUGAAAUUCCUAUAAUCGAGAAUGUUCAAUCAUUAGAAGAGUGUAAUAAUUAUAGUGAAGGAACAAUCGAAACGUUUCAGGAAAAAACAGAAACUUUUGAUUAUGAGAAUCUUGAGGAAUUCAGUCCAGACGAAUUCAGUGAAGUCGAAGAAAAACCUGUCGUCGAGGAAGUACCAUUUAGUUAUAGAAGAAUGACAGUAAGGACAUUAAACGAAGAGACAUUUAGUAAAUUACCGGAUAAACAGAAAGUCCUGUAUUUUAUGGAAGCCAAACAAUUGAUUGAAAAAUUAGAUUCAAAAGUGACAUCACUUCAACGGAGUAAUAAUAAUUUCAAAAGAAAAUCCGAAAAUUUACAGACUUUCGUCAAGAGCAUGAAGAGCGAAAUUAAAAAGAGAAAUAAGAAUGCAAAGAUUGAAUGGUAAGUGUAAAUUUAAAAAUAUAUUGUAUAAAUAAAUAAUAUUGUGUUAUCAUUUUGUAAGAAAAAGUGUAAAUUAAACAAUUCGUAAAUCAAA